AGAGAGAGAGAGAUCAAAAUGGAGGUAGAAAGAGUUCGUCUUCUCAGCUUAGCAAUCGAGUUCGGAUUCGAUGAGGAGUUCUCGAAUCAAUGCUUAGAUCGCCUUGUCGAUCUCUAUGGUGAGGAUGGUAAAAAUUUUGUCACUGUGGAGCACUGUGGUGAUGAUUUUCUUGCUGCACUUGCUGAUGCUAUGCAAGACACUGAGGAAUGGGAAGAUCUGGAAGCUAUUGAAUCUGAAGCCUGCGGUGCGUUAAGUAAAAUUAUAGAGAAGAAGGUAGCCAAUAAUCAUGGUAUAGAGAAUGGGUCUUCAUUUGGCAGUUCUGACAUCGGAAAGGAAGAUUUACAUGGGCAUUCAAUGGAUGAAGCUUUGAAGGCAUCGACUUCCUUUGUUGUUGAUGAUGAUUCAGAUUUGGAAAUCUUGAGCCAAAAGGAUGGUCAUCCCUUUAAUACUAGUAGGAAACAUGAUAGAAGUGCCCCUCAGCGUGCGAGCAAACAACCCUUAAUCUCAACAGUGUAUGAAAGUGUCAAUAAACAAGGAGCAAUUCCAUCACGUUCUAAUGGUGAUCUAUGCAACGAUGCAAUGAAAGAUGGUCAUGGGAGACUAGGAUACAAUGAGCUGCAGGCCAUGGAUGACAUUGAAUUGGCUAAUGUGGUAGUAUUUGGUAAUAUGACGUUUCGAUCACUGCAGUAUCAAGCUUGUAAGGCAGCUACUGAGAAUAGAGAUUGCUUUGUUCUUAUGCCCACUGGUGGAGGCAAAAGUUUAUGUUACCAGCUCCCUUCAACUCUCCAUCCAGGUGUAACCAUUGUAGUAUGCCCCUUACUCUCACUGAUUCAGGAUCAGAUCAUUACGCUGAACAUGAAGUACGGCAUACCAGCAACAUUUCUAAACUCUCAACAAACUACUUCACAGGCAUCGGCUGUCAUGAGAGAACUGAGGAAAGAUGCACCAUCCUGCAAGCUCUUGUAUGUCACUCCUGAAAGAAUAGCUGCAAAUUUUUCAUUUAUGGAAACCUUACGAUGUCUUCAUCAGAAGGGUCUACUAGCAAGGUUUGUGAUUGAUGAAGCACAUUGUGUAAGUCAAUGGGGCCAUGAUUUUCGUCCAGAUUAUAGAGCCCUUGGAUGCCUUAAGCAGAAUUUUUAUCGAGUUCCUAUAAUGGCCUUAACUGCAACUGCAACCCACACCGUCCGAAAGGACAUCUUGAAUACCCUGAAAAUACCAGAUGCUCUUGUUCUGGAGACGAGUUUUGAUAGGCCUAACCUGAAGUAUGAAGUCGUGGGUAAAUGCAAAGAUCCAUUGAAGCAGCUUGGGCAGCUGCUGAAAGAGAGAUUCAAGAACAUGUGUGGAAUAGUAUAUUGCCUCUCGAAAAGUGAGUGUGUGGAAGUCUCUAAUUAUUUAAAUCAGAAGUGUAAGGUGAAAACGGUAUAUUAUCAUGCUGGUUUAGCCGCUCGUCAGAGAGUUUCUGUUCAAAAGAAAUGGCAUACCGGAGAAGUUCAUGUUGUUUGUGCGACAAUUGCAUUUGGAAUGGGAAUAGACAAAGCUGAUGUUAGGUUUGUAAUCCACAACACCUUGUCUAAAUCAAUCGAAAGCUAUUACCAAGAAUCAGGGAGAGCAGGAAGAGACGGUCUACCCGCAGCAUGCAUUGCACUUUACCAGAAGAAAGAUUUUAGUCGAGUUGUGUGCAUGCUACGUAGUGGACAAGGUUCUAGAAGCGAAAGCUUUAAGGCAGCUAUGACCCAAGCAAAGAAAAUGCAGGGAUAUUGUGAACUGAAGACUGAGUGCAGGAGGCAAGCACUUUUGGAUCAUUUUGGAGAAUGCUUCAACAGAGAUGUCUGUAAAUAUGGAUCCAGUCCCUGUGAUAACUGCACUAAGAUGUUGGGUUGAGUCUAUAUGUAUGAUUUUAAAGUGUGCCUGAGCUCAAUUAUUAAAGUUCCUAGGCAGCAUAAGUGAAGUAGUUUGAGCUCUAACUUUUGAUCCCUCAUCACCCAGGAUCCCAUAUUUGAAGACCUAAAACUGAGAAUUGCCUUCAAAAACUUCAAUACAGGGCGAUUUGUACUGCUCGCAAUCAAACCUGAAAUGCAAUGUCUAUUAUCCUAAGCUCGCCAGUAGCAAACUCCAUAUUUACUCGAGUGAGGUUUGUUGAUAGGUUUACCAGAUUAUUAGCAUAUUUGGUUGUACUUUCGGAUCACAAAACUAAGACAUCAACAAAAGGAAACAAGCUCUGCAAGUUCGAAAAUGAGGCAGUGUUUCCUGUUUGGUUUCU